AUGUCGGCCGGCGACUCCGAGGGGACGGCGGGCAGGCCAGAAGAUCCUGCUGCAGAGGAGGAAGGGCAGAGGCAAGCUGGCCCAUCGCUGCCAGCUGUCGAGCUGCCAAGGAAACGAAAGGGAGAUGUGGAGGGGAGGUCAGACGACCAUGUACAGCAGAGCCUUGACUUCCAAAUGGAAGAUGACCUCAGCAGAUCUGAAGGAGAGGAUCAGCAAGUCAAAAUGAGAUGCUUCAGGGAGCCUCACCGUCAGAUCGAGAAGCGGCGGAGGGAUAAAAUGAACAACCUCAUUGACGAGCUGUCGGCCAUGAUCCCCGCCUGUCAGCCCUUGACUCGAAGACUGGACAAGCUCACUGUGCUGAGGAAGACUGUCCACCACCUGAAAGGCCUCAAAGUUGGGGGGAGCGGCGCCUUCACAGACCGCAACCACAAGCCUUCCAUGCUGCCUCAAGAUGACCUCAGGCACCUUCUGCUCAGCGCUGCAGACGGUUUCCUGUUAGUUGUAAGUUGUGACCGGGCAAAAAUCCUCUUCCUCUCCGAGUCCGUAUCCAAGAUCCUCAACUUUAGCCAGUUGGAACUGACUGGGCAGAGCCUGUUUGACUUCAUCCACCCCAAAGACAUCAACAAGGUGAAGGAACAGCUGUCCUCUGCAGAGCUGCACCCUCACCAACGCCUCAUUGAUGCAACAACUGGAUCUCAGGUCCAGGCCGACAGCCCCGUCAGCUCGUCCCACUUGUCCACUGGGGCACGGCGAGCCUUCUUCUGUCGCAUGAAGCACAGUCGGCUGGCAGGCAACCACGAGGACAAACGCCCGAUGCCCAGCACUUUAAAAAAGAAAGACUCUUACAGAUACUGCACCCUCCACUGCACUGGAUACAUGCGGAGUUGGCCGAGCAGCCAGAUGGACUUGGAGGGAGAGGCCGAGAAAGAAACCUUGUAUCUGUCCUGCCUGGCGAUGGUGUGCCGCCUCCACCCCCACGUCUCCCACCACCAACCCAAAGACGUCCCUGUCAAGCCCACCGAGUUCGUCACCCGCUGUGCGAUCGACGGCAAGUUCACUUUCGUAGACCAACAAGCCACGACUGUCAUCGGUUAUCUGCCGCAGGAAGUUCUCGGCACGUCGUGUUACGAGUACUUCCACCAGGACGACCUCCAGCACCUCGCAGAGACACACAGGCAAGUUCUUCGAAGCAAAGAGAAGAUUGAGACACAGCGCUACAAGUUCAAGACAAAACAUGGCUCCUAUGUCUCGCUUCAGAGUCAGUGGUUUAGUUUCACAAAUCCAUGGACCAAAGAGGUUGAGUUUAUCGUGUCUUCAAACAGGGUCAUCUCCAGGGGGCCCGGUCACACAAAAGAUGAGGAUGAGGCAGUCGACUCCAAAACGCUUCAAGCUGACACUAAGCAAAUGCCCAUAAUUCCCGGCCUUUCCAGUGGUUUGGGCACAAUGAUCUACGCAGGCAGUAUUGGGACCCAAAUCGCCAAUGAGCUCAUCGACACCUACAGGAUGAACUCUUCUCCAUCAAGCGGAGCUUCCAGUCCGUUUGGCUCGGCCCAGGAGAAAUGUCCACUGGUUUCGCCUCAAACCAGCAGGAGUGCAUCCAGCAGAGAGGACACAGCAGGCAGUUCGUCCCUGUCCCAGUCUGACUCGAGGACGGCAGCGGGCACGGGCAGUGCAACGUCUGAAAGCACAGGUGAGCCGUCCCAGCUAGACUUGGACAACAUGGUGGUGCCGGGCCUGAGCAGCUUUAGCAACGACGAGGCAGCCAUGGCGGUGAUCCUGAGCCUGCUGGAGACGGAUAUAAACAUGGGUCAGUCGGGUCAGUUUGAGGACUUGCACUGGCCUUUCUAGCGGGGCAUGCUGACCGUCCGCCCCUCUACGUGCUCUUGUGCCGUUUUCUUGCCAGUUGCCAUGAACGUUACAUUUUGCCACCGACUGAUCUGAUGUCGCACAACUGAACCCACUGGUGUCAAGAGAGGCUGGCUGCAGACACAAGAGGGCAGACCUCAACCAUGUGUGGAUGAUGCCAGUGUAAACUUGUUACAGAAAAGAGAGAAGUACACACAUGUUGAAAUGGUAAACGAGGAGACGUUAUAUUCUCAGUUUGGGUCAAUGAUUAUAAUUAUUUUAUUUCAGAUAAAUCAAGGCUUGAAUAAAUCCUCAACUGAAUAAAUGUUAAGAUCAACUACCACAAAUUGGUAACAUAGGUUAAUAAUGGCAGUAAUUGAUACUCUUUUUGAAGGCACAAGUAAACAACCAGUUUCGCAUACUACAACAUUGAAAGCUCCAGUAAUGAAAGAACUGGCAAAAUACCAUAUUCCCAAAUGUAAAUUUAUACUUUUAAAAUUGUGUAUUGUAGAAGAACAUAGAAGUGAAACUCCAUGGAAACUUGAAAAGUAACUAAUGUUUCAGAAGCAAUUUCAUCCGCUGUGAGUAUCACACGUCCUGUAUGGGUUAGGUCCACCAUCUGGUGUCUAGAGUGCGGACCUCAUCACUAGACUUUUGCCAUAAGCUGCAACACGUCCUACUCGAGGAAGACAGAUAUCGCUUUUUUAACCAGUAAAUAACUGUUAACUCUCGUAAAUUAACCAGUAAUACACAGUUGAAACACAUGUUUCUGCAUUUUUUCCAAAGUGUAUUCUGCUCUAUAGCCUUUCCAGGAUGACCAACCCUGGCUUUAAGUGACCAACAGCAUGUUAGAUAGAUAGAUAGAUAGAUACAAUGUACUUUUACAUCAGUUUUAGAACCGGUUUUAUCAAACCUAAACACAUAUGUGCCGCGUGUCGAACACAGACAAUACACCAAAUGUUCUCAAAACCAAGUACUAUUUAAAUGCAUCUAUGCUACACUUAAAAUGUUACUUGAGAAAAUGAAACGAGCUUUUCUUAAUGAUUAAUUUUGCCUUGCAGUCGCAUCCCCUCUCAGUAGGGGGUAGGGCAACCCCCCUUAGCUCCCUACUUCCCCCAGCCUUGGUACAAAGACCAUCAAAACCGACCAAGGGAACCUGGUUCAGGGAGUGGCUUUGUGAUGGGACUGUUUCGGUUUUGUCAUAGAAUACAUACUUGAAUAUUAACUUGGUUUACAAUUUUGGCUCCACAAGGGCCAAUCUUUAGCAAAACAAGAAACCUUCCCUUUUUUUCAACAGAGGAAUGUGAGAAGCGUCUGCUCGGCGAAAGCAAUGUCUGUCAAAAGUUUAAAAUAAGAGUAUCCACUGAGUAAAGUGAGCGGUGGGUGGUCUUCAAAAUGGAGGAUUAUCUGUAUGUGUUUAAAUAUCGAAUGUGCACUAAAGGACUGAGCCCUAAGAUGCCUAUGCUGUGCUCGCGUAUCACACACUUGCUGUACUCUAGACGGUUCUAUGGAGGACAUCUACUGUAUCCUGAACUCGUGGGGAAGGGGGCGCAAAGUGCAUGUGAAUGUUUUCCAGUGUUAACAAUGGACAAGCCAGUAUUUUACAAGACAGACUUCAGUGUCAUUUCCUUGCUACUUCCCCACCCUGUUGCUCUAAAAAGUAUUUGCCUUAGACUGCACAGAAAAAAAAAAGCCAUUGUAUAUAUAUGUUGCUGGGGAGACGGUUAUGUUGCUGUGUGUCUAGUGUUGAAUAUCCCAUUGCCACGCACGCUUCUCGUGAAAGAAAACUCCAUCUUGAAGCAUCACUAUUUCUAUUCUAGGUCUAAUUGGUGGAGAAGCAGAGCUGAGAAAUCUGUUCUCACACCAGCACUGCAGCCACAAGACAGGUUGAUGGUUUGAUUGAAGGGUACAGCCUCAGACGUGAAUGAUUAUACUACACAGCUAUUUAUAUCCUUAUGACCUUAUUUCAAAAUCAGUUGGGAAACAGCGCCGGUGGUCUGGGUCUGACAAGUUGAGGAAAGGGGCUUUACCAAAAAAGAAGUACUUUAUAUUUGACCCCAACGUGACCCUGGACUGUUCGCUACACUGAGAUCAACCGUGUCAGAGUGUGUGAUGGUGGAUUCUAAACCUGGUGACUGGCCUUCAUAUGUAAACCCUGGUUUUAUCACUGGUUCCUCUAGUCUUGAAAGCAUUAUGUGAUUGUGCUGCCUUGAACACGCAUGCUGUUUCAGCACCAGGCUGGAUUGUGGAAGGACCGCUCUUUGCCUUGAAAAGCAAAACAGCUGGUACUGGACAAUAUUUGCAGUCGCCACCGGUGCCAUGCGAAAUAGACACUAAAGCAUUUUGAAAGGAGACAAAAUGCCUGAUAUGUGUAUGUACAAACUGUGGUUGAUGUAUCUGCUGUAACGUGGAAGGGAGGUCGGAGGUUUUGAAAGUAAAAGGUUUUUUUAAUAAUG